AUGGAAGUAUGUGCAAUGAAACAUAAUUUCGACUACAAGGUUGGCAAAUCGGAUAAAACAGUUUGGUACGUUUGUUGCGCGGAUGAUGAUUGCGGCUGGCGUGUUCGCACAGAGGGAUUAACAUGUUCUUCAUAUUUUAUCAUCAAAAAGUAUGUACCUGAUCAUUCAUGUUCUCCAUCAUCAAGGAACCACUCAGUUCAGACAGCUUCAUCAAAAACAGUUGGUAGUCUCAUCACGCAUAAGUACGAAAGUGUCAAGGAAGGGCCGAAACCUAAUGAUAUCAUCCAGUUUAUGCGGAAUGAUCAUGGAGUUGAGAUAUCCUACUCUUUAGCUUGGGAUGCACGUGAGUAUGCAAUAAAUGCUGUGAGAGGCAUUCCAGAGAAGGGUUAUGAAAAAAUUCCCAAAUACUUGCAAAUGAUGAAGGAAGCUAAUCCAGGAACACACACAUUUUAUGAAACUGAUAACGAUGGGAGAUUCAGAUUCCUCUUCAUCUCAUAUGGUCAGUCUAUUCGCGGUUUUUAUGCUGGCAUUCGGAAAGUUAUUGUUGUGCAUGAGACUUUUUCGAAGAGCAAAUACAAAGGAAUAUUACUGGUAGCUACUACUUUAGAUGGUAACUCGAACCUAUAUCCUAUUGCAUUUGGAGUUGUCGACUCAUAG